AUGUGUCUCUACUUUUGGAUGUGCCAGUAUGCCGGGUGUGGCCACUCCGUCAAGGCCAGCAGGCUGCCCCAGGCCGCGUGGGCCGUCGCUGCCCACUGCAUGCACAAGGUGCAGGUGCCGGACCCGGUCUGCGGCGAAGUGUCGUUCCAGCCGUUUCUGCUGUACACGUCGGCAGAUCUGUGCCCGCCGUGCGCAGCGGCCACGCGCAAGGAGGCGGUCGAGGCGGUCGAGGCGAACGAGGCAGAGGCCCGUCGUGCAUAG